GUCAUGGGACUGAUUGUAUCUCUCCUUGUUUUACCCUCCUGUUUGAUUGGAGUACUCUACCUACUUGGUGGGUUUCGACGGCACCGACCAGGUGAACCCCCUUUGGAUAGGGGGCUCGUCCCUUGGCUGGGUCAUGUCUUGGAGUUUCGCAGGAACACAUUCAAAUUCAUCGAGAAGAUGAAGCAAAAACACGGCGAUGUGUUCACAGUGCAGCUGGGAGGGUGUUAUAUCACAUUCCUUCAUGAUCCUCUGUCGUUUGGGGCUUUUGUUAAGGAGAGUCAAGAAAGACUGGACUUCAGACCGUUUGCUAAACAGCUGGUGCAGAGAGUGUUUGGAUAUGUGGCAGAGGGGGAUGACCACACCUUUCUUCAGGUCUCCAGCAACAAGCACCUCAAGGGGGACGGCCUGAAGAUAUUGACACAAGCUAUGAUGGAUCAUUUGCAGAAUCUGCUGUCUCUUGAAAUCGGCUCAGGAGCAGACCAAAGCAGCUGGAAAGAAGAUGGACUGUUUAUGUACAGCUACAAUAUCCUUUUCAGGGCCGGCUACUUAUCUCUGUAUGGCAAAACAUCUCCGCAGCCAGAAGAAAGUGAGGAGAAAGCCAAAGAGAAAGACAGAGAAGAAUCUGAUGCCUUGUUUAAAGAGUUUCGUAAAUAUGACCAACUCUUCCCCGACCUGGCUUACGGGGUCCUCUCACCGAGGGAAAGGUUUGAAAAACAGAGGCUGAUGAAACUGUUCUGGACCACUCUGUCGGUGCAGAAGAUGAAGAUGAAGAACGAAAUCAAUGGCUGGAUCUGGGACAUGCACCAGUAUCUAGAGGAGAAUGGUAUGAAGGAAUCAAUGAUAAGCAGAUACAUGUUUGUGCUUCUUUGGGCCUCUCAGGGCAACACAGGGCCAGCUUCAUUCUGGCUGCUCCUCUUCCUCAUGAAACACCCAGAAGCCAUGAGAGCAGUGAAGGAAGAGAUUGAUAAGGUUCUGAAGGAAUCAGGGCAGGAAGUCAGACCUGGUGGCCCUUCUAUCAACCUGACCUAUGAAAUGCUGAAGAAAACACCCAUCCUGGACAGUGCUUUGGAAGAGACCCUCCGACUCUCUGUUGCACCUGUCCUCACCAGAGCUGUGCUCCAGGAUAUGACCCUCAAGAUGGCAGAUGGGCGUGAAUAUUUCCUCCGCAAAGGUGACAGAUUGGCUAUGUUUCCUUAUUGUGCUGUUCACACUGACCCAGAGAUCCACCCUGACCCACAUUCAUUCAAAUAUGACCGCUUUCUGAAUCCUGACGGAAGCAAGAAAAAAGACUUUUACAAGAAUGGGCAGAAGGUGGAGUUUUACACCAUGCCCUGGGGCUCUGGGGUCUCCAUGUGUCCCGGGCGUUUCUUUGCCUCUAAUGAGAUGAAGCAGUUUGUUUUCCUGGUGUUGGCCUACUUUGAGAUUGAGCUGAAGAAUCCUGAGGAGAAGAUACCUGAAUUCGACUUCAGCCGAUGGGGCUUUGGAUCCAUGCAGCCUAACAAGGAUGUCCAGUUUCGAUACCGACCAACAUUUUAAACCCAACUAAAC